UCUCUCUCUCUAACUUUUUUCGUUACGUAGAAGAAUCAGAUGAGACUCAUACAGAAACGGAAACGCCAAAUCCAUGACCAUGUCUUGUGCGGGUUGAAGUCGACCUUACUUUCAAAGAAGCAAUUGCAUUUGCAUAGUCGAGAUUAUGAAUAAUGCGGAAGCAAACUGGUGCUGCAAUGAACAUAAUAGUGGUGAUGGUGAUGGUGGUGGCGGUGGCCCCGCACGUGUUGGGGCAGCCGCAAGAAAACGCAGCGGAGACUCUCAUGAAAUUCAAAACUGCUCUAACCAAUUCGGAUCCAGCGCUAGCCAAUUGGAAUCCAUCCAAGCCACCGUGUACGGGGAACACAGGCAAUUGGGCCGGCGUACUGUGCUACAACGGCUACGUGUGGGGCCUACAGCUCGACAAUAUGAGGCUGCAGGGCCAGAUUAACGUCGAUUCCCUCGCCACCCUGCCUUACCUCCGCUCCCUCAGCUUCAUCAACAACAACUUUCAAGGCUCCAUGCCUGACUGGCGGAAGCUCCCCACGCUCAAGUCCUUGUAUUUGUCGGGCAACCACUUCUCCGGCCAGAUCCCCAAUGAUGCUUUUGACGGCAUGGACUCCUUGAAGAGGGUCUAUUUGUCCAACAACCAAUUCAGUGGCCCCAUCCCUGCGUCUCUCACAUCGUCUAGGAUGGUGGAGGUCGGCCUUGACAACAACCAGUUCUCCGGCGCCAUACCCACUGUCGACUCACAAAAUCUCCAGGUCUUCAAUGUCUCCAACAAUCAGCUGCAGGGUCCCGUCCCGCCAUCUCUGCUCAGGAUGGAUCCAUCAUCCUUCACAGGCAACAAAGCGUUGUGUGGGGGCCCUGAGGGGCCAUCGUGCGAUCCUCCCAAGCCCCCACCGGACUUGGAGCCGCUUCUUCAUGCUCCGCCCAAUGCCCACGCCCCUCCUGUGAGGCCUAACCAUAAAAAAUCAUCAUCCGCCUCUCCCGCAAAGAUAGCUAUAAUCGUACUCAGCAUCCUGCUGGCUUUGUUUCUCCUCCUACUGCUUCUUCUGCUUUGUCGGACGAGCCUCGAUGAUGAGGAUGAUGAAACGCCCAAGCAACAACAACAACAAAAGCAACAACAGGGGAUGAGAUCAGAAACGACAUCCCCUUAUAGCGAGAGGAGUCCUCUGCCGGCGGGGGCGGUGGCUGUAACAAUAGGUACCUCCCCUAUAACAAUAGGUACAUCCCCUCGUGAACUGGGCGGGAGAGGCGAGCAGCAACAACAACCAAGCAAGCUAUCGUUCGUGAGAGACGACAGACAGAAGUUUGACCUGCAGGACCUAAUGAGAGCAUCAGCAGAAGUGCUGGGAUCUGGAAACUUCGGGGCAUCAUACAAAGCAGUGUUGGUGGACGGGGAGGCGCUGGUGGUCAAGAGAUUCAAGCAAAUGAAUAACAUUGCCAAGGAAGAUUUCCACGACCACAUGAGGAGACUCGGCAGGCUCAAACACCCCAAUUUGUUGCCCUUAGUAGCAUACUUGUAUCGCAAAGAAGAGAAGCUACUGGUUUUCGACUUUGUCCCAAACAACAGCUUGGGGAAGCACCUUCACGAUGAUGGAAAACGCCCCGAGGGAUGGCCAAAGCCGCUUAACUGGUCGUGCCGGUUAAAAGUCAUCAAAGGAGUAGUGAGGGGGCUGGCUUACCUCUACACCGAGCUGCCCAGCCUAAAUGCCCCUCACGGCCACUUGAAAUCAUCCAACGUCAUGCUAGAUAGAAACUACAAUGCCUUGCUCAUGGACUACACCCUCGGCCCCAUUGUCAACCCCAACAAGAUCAGCCAAGCCCUCGUGGCAUACAAAUGCCCCGAAUUUGCCCAAACCAGCCGAACUUCCAAGAAAUCUGAUGUAUGGUGUUUGGGGAUUUUGAUACUGGAGACUCUGACAGGCAAGCCCGUAGACAAGUACCUCGGUCAGGGGAGCAAACAGUAUGGUGUAGACUUAGCCAGAUGGGUGAAAGGUAUCGUUGAGGAGGCAAAUGCGAAAGGUGCACGGGUGUUCGACAAGAACAUGGAGUUCAGUGAACGGUCGCUACUGGAGAUGGAGAUGCUUUUGCAGAUUGGAAUAGCCUGCUGCCAAGAGGACCUGGACAAGAGGUUAGGUUUGGCGGAGGCACUUAGAAAAAUUGAGCAACUGCAGGAGUAAUUUAGUCACGACAUCAGGAUUGACUUCCAAAGGUGAAUGAAGCUUCAGGCAACACCACAAAAGAAUGGAGAAUAAACAAUAUGUGGAAGAUACAUGAUAUCAUUCGCCUCAAAUCUUUCAAAUAUAGUUAAUUUUAAUGGCAAAAACAUCAAUUUAAAUUGUUUUGUGUUUAGAAACAAUAGGGGAACCUUCACCAUCUUUAUGUAGUGUCAUUUCACAAGUAAUAUAAAAAUUGCUUAUCGAUGUGCUUCAUCUCUUCA